GCACUGGAAGCGCCAACCCCCUGGGCAGUGGCAUCUCUGCUAGUGGCAGCGAUGGCAAAUCCUUAGCCUCGGUGGUGGAUGCUGUUGAUAUCUCCCUGGUAGACAUAGGAGAUGGCGCGUCUCGGAAAGUGAUGGUGACCACGCCCAUCUACGUCCGCCUCUCAGACGUAGCACCGGCGACGACGACGCCGCUGCUGUGCGCCUUCCUCGAUGGCGAUGUGUGGUCCCAGCAGGGCAUACGAGUGGCGACGGAGGAGGAGUUGAAUGACUUCUUUCGUGGCCAAGUGAAUACUACGGGACUUUGGUGCGCCACGACACAUCUCUCCAUCUUCAGCGCUUUCGUGGACCUGCUGUUGGACUGCACCAGUGGCCGAUCCGGAGCCUUUGCAGCCCAACGUGCCCAAAGCCUGGAGCCCGCCCAGGCCCAGCAUGUUGAUGAAUUCGUGCAGGAGGAGGAGGAUGCUUCGGAAGUGCGGUCCGCAGCGUCCAGAGUGAGCGAUCCUAGGGUGGAGGCUGCGGCGGACCACAGCCUGCGAGCACAGCGGGAGAUUGUGGAGAAUGUCUGCACUCUUUUGAGCCAACAGCCUGCGAUGAGUGCUGAGCUGCUCAUGCUGCGACAGGAGGACAUCCAGAAGUUCUCCGUCACCAUGACGCAGGCUCCCGCUGCUUUUAGGCGCAGGUAUGACACAAGGGCCGACUUCUCCUGGGCCCUGGCCGGCCGGGUACAACUUCGUUGUUUCCUUCUACCGCGGCGGAGCCGGAACCCCGUAGUCCCAGGCAGAGAUCUGCGGCAAUUUCAAGCUGACCGAUGGUGCUUUGGUCGAUCAAGCGCGAGACCUGCUUCGAAGGAUCCCUGUGUGAGCUCGAUCCCCCGGAUUUGGGUCAGGGUUGCAUCUGCUGUCCAAGAACUUUUGGAACAGUUCACGGAAGCAGAGGCUAGCUCAGGGGGCAUCUUCACUUGUUCCAUUCUCUUGUACCCGUGGAUGAUGAACGGAGCCGCAAGGGGAUACAACCUCCGAGAGGUUCAGGCCUCUAACCGAGAUUGGGCCGGAUGGGCGUUGCCAAUGACUGCAGAGGGCCAACCUUUUCACGCCGCCCUCUACUGCCAAGACAUCUUGAAGUUUGCUGAGACUUUCUUGGAUCGGACCCAGAUCGGGGUAGCGCGAGUAGCGCCAAGGGCCCUUGAUGCUUUGGGGCAAGGUGGCCAAGCCCCGCUCAGUAUCGAGGAUGGCAACCGGAGGAUCCUGGACCAAAGUUUCUUCAUGCGGGGGUUCGCCACGGUGAAGGAGAUGCAGGAGAGCACAGGGAUCCAAUAUUCGGUGUCAUCUGGCCAGACCCUUCGCAAUGAUGAUCUGGCCUUGGUGCAGUGCCUUGACCUUGGGACACUCCAAUUUUUCAAGUAUGGCUCAGUUCCUGGCCCCGGUUCCCGCAGUGCGUGGGUUACUGCAGAAGGUGGUGGCUGGUUCUACGUGUUGACCUACAGGGACGCACAGGUGGCACAGGCCCGCUACGUCACCCCUACUUGGAUCCUGCAGGCCGGAGCCGGAAAAAUGAUCGUAUAA